UUUACCUUUCUUUUUUUUUUUUUACACUCUCAUAUGACAACAUUCAAUACUCAAACUACAACACAACAAGAACAAGUCAGUCCCAAACUGAAUUUCAAGACACAAAAUAGACGCCAACAAUAUCAACUUACUACACAACCUAUAUUUCACCAACAGUCUGGUCAAUCUACCUCUUCAACUUUGAACUCGACUUUUUAUACCACUACUAAGCAAUCAAACAAUAAUCAUUCUACAACUAUUACUGCUACUGAAACAUUGUCAACUUCUUUUAGUCAUACUGUGCCUGACGUAAAACAUGAUGAUGCGUUGGAACACUCUGAUAUGAUUGAUCAAGAUAAUUUGGAUGAUGCUGAAGAUGAAGAUGACGUUGAAAUCAUUAUGCAUAAUGAACCCAAUGCCUUCAAUUAUACAGGCUCCGGUCUUGACAAUCACGCUUCUCCUAUCAAUUCUUCUCCUGUCGCCGCAGCUCUAGACUCACAAUACCACCAACAACACCAACAUAAACAACAUAAACAACAACAACAACAACAAUUAAGCUCCGAUCCUGAUCAUCCAACACUAGAUUCUUCACCAUCAUCAAUACCAUCAUCUCAUCAUCAUCUUCAGAGACAGUUGGAAUAUUAUUUCUCAAGACAAAAUUUGGCAAAUGACUCUUAUCUUGUGUCACAAAUGAACCCUGAUCUCUAUGUUCCGAUUGCUACCAUUGCCAAAUUCAGACGUGUUUUGGAUAUUACUACAGACAUGGAUCUUAUAGUCUCAACUCUUCGUCGUUCUCCCGUUGUCAUCGUUAAUGAAACUGGCACUAUGGUCAAACCGAAUAUCUCUGUACAACGAACAACGGUAAUAUUACGCGAUGUGGCCGAUACAAAUGAAACGGAAAUCAAACAAUUUCUUCAAGAACUUGGCACUCCACCAAUUAAAAGUAUCAAGAAUGAAUAUGCAAAUAUGUGGUAUAUUACCUUUGAAUCCGAAGAUCAUGCUUUGAAAAUGUUAUAUGAUUGCCGUGGAAAGUCAUUCAAAGGACAGCCUGUAGCCGCUAGAAUGAAAUCUGAACCAGUGGUUGGUAGCAUUCAAGCGCGAAAAUCGGCAUUACAGGCGGAAUCAACUGCUUCACCAAAAGCAACAACAACAACAAUAACAACAACUACAACUACUACUACUAAUAUUGCUACAACAGCCUCCAACACCCACAACGAUAAUGAUCAACGGCAAUCUCUCAAUGAUAAUCCUAUGAAAAAUUAUAUUUACAACGGUUAUUAUAUUCCUUUCAACUCUCCUAUGACAUUUAGGCAUCAUUGGCCUAUACCUUAUUCUUCUCAUCCUGGUAACAUAUAUCCAAACUAUAUUCCCAAUGGUAAUCAAAAUGGAGGUCGCUUCAAUAAUAACAACAAUAAACGUGGCGGUAAAUCUGGUAGAGGAAGGUAUAAAAACAACAAUCAUUAUGGAGACAUGAUUAGAAACAAUUCAGCAAUAGGGACAACGUCGACCAGUACAAAUAGUACACCUGUAGAAACAAUAUCCACUUCAUUUUCAUCUCCAAAAACACAGCAUCAAACACGUACGAAUGGAUACAAGCUUAAUGGAUCAUCGCAAUCACAACGAUCGCAACCGGCGUAUCAUCCUUCAACGUCUCACCAUGAAGGUCUUCGUCCUUCUAUAUCAUCACCGUCACCAACAAUGAUACAAUCAUCUUAUCAUUAUCCAGCAGGACAUCACCAGAAUUAUCAUUACCAACAAAACAGUCAUUAUCGUGGACAAAAGAACAGGGGACAUAAUCAACUAUAUACACAAUGGCGGUCCAACCGACAGAGUGUCAGAAACAACAAUAAUCACAGCAAUAACACAAGUACCAAUACCAAUAAUUACUAUAUCAGCCAUAAAAGCAGCAACAUGAAUCAUAUUGAUAGCAAUACAGCAGCAAUACCCGUUCACCAACAAAAUUUCGAAUCGUAUUCACCUACAAAUCAACAACAUCCUUUACAAAAUCAUCGUCAACAUCAACAGCAUCUACAAAAACAGUAUCCUCAACGUCAUCAACAGUAUCAACGUCACCAGCGGCAUCAGCAUCAACAAUUGCAAUAUCAACAUCAAAAUCGACACUUUAGAAAUCAAGCAUCACCAAUAUCUUGGCCACAUGGGACGGCAUCUCCUAUUUCAGGUUCAUCUUCAUCCUCAACUUCUUCUGGGUCAUUGGACACAAAGGACAAAGUCACAGCAAGUGCCAUAAGUAUCACAACGACCACACCAGCUACUACAAAUACUAGUCUUAUAUCACCAACAUCAUCUUCAAAGGAUUCAUCAACAUCUACUACUCCAACAAAAUCAUUGGUUGGAUCUUUAGAUGCAAAAUCAAAACGGAAACCAAAAUGGGAUAAGAAAAGGAAGAAUAGAAAGCAAUCAACAACAUCUGCGAAUCAUGUGACUGAAGAAGAAAUUGAUCUUCAAUCUGGCACUUAUUUUCCACCAUUACCUGGGUCCAAAUUUAAUAUGAUUGAUACGACUACUUCCGACUCUACUACAACAACGACAAUGACUGUAUCAACCUUAUUGAAUGAAAGAUUAUCAGCUGCGGAUGUGGUGAAAAAAGGCGGUCAAGACAAAACACCAACCAUUUCAUCAUCAACUCCUGGACUGCAAAAGAUUCAACAGCAAAAGAAAGUGAUGACCUCCGAAUCACAAAGGGAAAACAUGGUAGUUAUCAAGGAAAAUCAAAGGCCAUUAGAGGAACAAAAAGAACAAGAAGAAUCAUUCCCUCUAUUGUGUCCCGUACAAGAAGUCUCUGUGUCCUCCUCUAGCUUUAGUUAUGCUGAUAUGUUGAAAAAGAAGGAAAAUUAAUCAAGAUGAUUCGUUAGUUAGUUUGUAUAUUUGAAGGGGUCUUUUCUCCCUUCUUCUCCUUACAAUAUAUGAAAUAAACUCCGCAUUAUAAUAUUUGAACACUUCC